AUGGUUCAUGCGAAUACUUCUUAUGAAUUACGUGAUCAUAUUUUACCUACAAUUCGUCGUUCAUCUAGAAAAAUGCAAUCCAUUAUUAUCAGAACAACUGAACAAUAUAGGAAAAUGCAGGAAUACAAAGAUGUUAUAAAUGAAACUUGUCUAUCAACAUCAUUAGUGAUUAAGAUGAGUAAACUUUCAAUAAAUUUAACAGAAAUUAUGUUAAAAGAUGUUCCGUUAAUUGAAAAAGAAUUAAAUCAUAUUAUAAUAGAUAUCGAAGAACUUAAAAAAGAAAUUGAUCAACUUAUGAAUUUAAUUAAACAAGAAAAAGUAACUCUUGAACAUGUUGAACAUUUACAAAGAUUAACAAAUAAUUAUCAAAAAUUAAAUGAUCAAAUUAAUAAAUUUAAUCAACAAUUAACACCGAUGUUGAAUGAAAUUAUAAGUCCUGGUCUUAUUUUAAUUGAUAAAUAUAAUACAUGUUUAAGUUCAACAGCUCAAUCACUCAUAGAUCAUAGUCUUGAUCAAAUCGUUGAAUAUAUUCAUGAUGAUCAACAACUUUUUUCUUUCGAACAUUUAUCAUUGUCUAACAAUCAUACAGAAUUGUAA